UGCUGGGGCAAAGCCUCUGGGACGCACACGGCGGCGGCGCCCCGGCGGCAGCUGGCGAUGCUCUGCCUUGCCUGAGGAGGCAGGAGCGGGGCCGCUGCGGACGGAGGCAGCGGGGACACGCAGCUCCCAAGGUGCACAGGGGUCCGGCGGAAAGCCCGGCCCCGGCGGAGCUUCUCCCCCUGCCCGCCAGAGCAGUGGCCGCUCCCGCCCCGCCGCAGUGGCUGCCGCAGGGCGCCGGGGCUGCGGGCGCCCCGCCUGGGAGGGGUUAAGCGGCGGCCCCAGCCCGGGGGCGGACGGGGCGGCUGCGGCGGCGGCUGCUAUACGGCGGCGGGGCUCUAGGUGUCCUGCCUGGGAGGGUCCCUGCUGCAUUGCAGCCGCCGCGCUGCUCCCUCUCCGCGCACACAAUGGCGACUCCGAGCCCGAGCAGCGGCUCCGGCGGCGGGAGCGGGCCGGGCCCGGGCGGUCCGCAGGCGCACGCCGCCGCCAGCAGCAUGCAGGGUAAACGCAAAGCGCUGAAGUUAAAUUUUGCAAACCCACCUUUCAAGUCCACAGCAAGAUUUACCCUAAACACCUCUGGAGUUCCUUUCCAAAACCCACACAUAGAGAGACUGAGAACACACAGCAUUGAAUCGUCAGGAAAAUUGAAGAUUUCCCCUGAGCAACAUUGGGAUUUUACAGCAGAGGACUUGAAAGACCUUGGAGAAAUUGGACGAGGAGCUUAUGGUUCUGUCAACAAAAUGGUCCACAAACCAAGUGGGCAAAUUAUGGCAGUUAAAAGAAUUCGGUCGACAGUGGAUGAGAAGGAGCAGAAGCAGCUUCUGAUGGACCUGGACGUGGUGAUGCGGAGCAGCGACUGCCCCUACAUUGUGCAGUUUUAUGGCGCGCUCUUCCGAGAGGGUGACUGUUGGAUCUGCAUGGAGCUCAUGUCUACCUCGUUUGAUAAGUUUUACAAAUAUGUAUAUAGUGUAUUAGAUGAUGUUAUUCCAGAAGAAAUCCUAGGCAAAAUCACUUUAGCUACUGUGAAAGCACUAAACCACUUAAAAGAAAACUUGAAAAUCAUUCACAGAGACAUCAAACCUUCCAAUAUUCUUCUGGACAGAAAUGGGAAUAUUAAGCUCUGUGACUUUGGCAUUAGUGGGCAGCUCGUGGACUCCAUCGCCAAGACGCGGGAUGCAGGCUGCCGGCCGUACAUGGCGCCCGAGAGGAUAGACCCCAGCGCGUCCCGGCAAGGCUACGACGUCCGCUCAGACGUCUGGAGCUUGGGGAUUACAUUGUACGAGCUGGCCACAGGGAGGUUCCCCUACCCCAAGUGGAACAGUGUCUUUGACCAGCUGACACAGGUGGUGAAAGGAGACCCCCCCCAGCUGAGCAACUCAGAGGAGAGGGAGUUCUCCCCGAGCUUCAUCAACUUCGUCAACUUGUGCCUUACAAAGGACGAGUCCAAAAGGCCAAAGUACAAAGAGCUUCUGAAGCAUCCCUUCAUCCUGAUGUACGAAGAGCGCACGGUGGACGUGGCCUGCUAUGUCUGCAAGAUCCUGGAUCAGAUGCCAGCCACUCCCAGCUCGCCGAUGUACGUCGAUUGAACCUGGCUGCUACAUCCACCUCCGGAACAAGGGCUGAGGGAGCAGGAGCUGUAAAGAGUUCUCAUCACCAUGUUGCAGUGUUUUUAAUGCUCGCCCAGACACCAUGUGCAAUACUUGUGGUGUUCUUCCCCAUCUGUCUGUAUGCUGUUGUCACAUUUAAAGUGCGUCCCUGUAAUAACCUGAUCACACAGUGUUAGUGUUGGUCAAAGAGAGACCUCAUCUUGCUCUUUUGUGGACAUGUUCAUGAGCUGUGGAAAUGAGUAACAGUGAUUUGUUGGCCGUGAUUGGAUAGCACCUAAAAAAAAAAAGACAACAAAAGAAUUCAUUUCUAGACUCGAAACUUGGGAGACUUCUCAGCAGCUACUGGAAAGAUAUUUUUUUUUUUCUCUUUUCCUUCCUCUCAAACUCUUCCAAUUGUUGUUUCAAGUAAUAAUAAAAAGGAAAAAAGCAAACAAACAAAAGCUAGGCCUUGUCUGUCUGAACACCGAAGAGACUUUGCCUGGAGGAGAGGAGAAGCCUUUGCUCGCCCAGCGAGAGCGCUGCUUUGCCUCCUGGAGCUGGAGGGGGCAGAGGAGGAGUUGGGUUUGUUUUUUUUAUUCUUCACAAAGUGCAAUAGAUUUUACUGCUAUGAAAUUCUGUUGCUUUACAGUCGCAGUGUACUUUCUGGGGACGGUGUGCUCAGCUGAACUCCUGCUGAAGGGAGCUCUGGGCACUAGAGUGAGCCUGUCUGUACCAAAAACGUGUUGCGCUGACAGAGGCUAACAUUAAACUAUUCCCAGGUGGGGCACGUCCUGUAUUCUUUUCUCCUUUUCCCAUGCCAGCCACUCUUCACUAGGUACCCUGUAAAUUGUUACCUGGUAAGAUCUUAAGACCUUUGACCUGAAGAAUUAUUAAACUACUCAAUUGAAUUUAA